AUCUCUUCGCUCUGCUUUUUCUAUACGCGCGUUUGAAUUUGUGUUCGUCAUUCGUAUGACCGAUUGUUGUGAAUCGGACGUUCUUUGUAUUCGUUAGCGGUGAUUUUGUUUUGAGUUAUUUGAAAGCCGCAUUUCCGUUUUUGAAGAUCUUAUAUAUUGUGUUUUGCCGACCUGUGCGUAUUCGGUGUGUUGUAGCGCUAUAUUGGUUUUUGUGGAAUCGUGUUAGAAUAUGGUUUUGUAGAAGUUCUGUGGAGUCUUUGCAAUGAAACUUUUGUUGUAAUUGGUUGAUUAAUCGAUUAAUUUUUUUAUGGUUGUGUUUAUUGUUGAAGAUCGUUCAUUGAUUCAUUGUAUUUCAGUUGAUUUAGUUCAUGUAGUGUGAUUGAGUGUGUUGGUAUUUUCAGAAAGGGGAAGAGGAGAGAGCAAAUACGUGUAGUGCUGUCAAUACGUGCUCUAACCUGGAAUAUAAAAAGUUAAAACUACAAAUGGGAAGGAGUGAUGGAGUACUUUUAGUAAAUUGAUAAAGUGAAUCAUGUAUCAUAGAUGAGAAUACAAUUUCAUCAAUCACAUUUCAUUUAAGCUGAAAGGGAAGAAGAUUUGUUUUUUCAUAUUAUUAUUUGAGGGCAUUUCGCGGUGUGAAUUCGUAUUGAGUUUCAUUAUUAGGUUGAGUAUACCUUUGUAGGAUAAUUGGUACGGUAAUGCGUUGUGAGUGAAAUGAGGUGAUUGUUCUCACAAGUUGAAGUUGUUGUUCUUUGUGUCCGGAUGACUAGGCAGUUCGUGCUUAUGAAAAAUUUGUACAUGGCUAAAAGAAUUUUAUACCUCCUUAUUGAAUAAUUACUGCCUAUGCUGUACUGAAUGGUGAGAUGACUUGUUAAGGGUCCAUGUACUAUUUCUUUUCGUUUGAGGGUGAAUUCUUCUUUUUUACAUAUCUUAAGUGUUUCAAACUGGGUUUCUUUUGCAGGUAAGAACUGUUAAGGUUAGCAAUGUCUCCUUGGGAGCAACUGAGCGGGAUCUCAAGGAGUUUUUCUCCUUCUCUGGUGAUAUUGAAUAUGUUGAGAUGCAAAGGUUAGUUAGGGUCAUACAGAUUUGUCUUGCUUUGAAGUUCCUUUAUUGAUUUUGUUGAUGCUAAUAAUAUCUGAUGGAAUGUAGUGCUACUGAACGGUCUCAAAUUGCAUAUGUGACUUUCAAGGAUUCACAGGGAGCUGAGACUGCAAUUCUUCUUUCGGUGAUUUUGCUUCUCUUAUCUUUUUUUUUUUUUGCUCUAUGAGUUUCUGCUUUUGAUGGUAUGAUGUCUUAAAUGAUUCUCGUUCUAUGAUUGGUUCUCUGUUCAAUGAUGUGUGAUGUAGCAUUAGCCGGGGCAGUUUAGGGAGGGGAUUCUCAUAAAUUUUAGAUCGCUGGAUUGAAUCAAUGUGUUUAAUCCUGGAUUUUGUUAUUUGGGCAACUCCAUGUACUUUUUUUCAUUGUCAUUUGGCUGUUUCAUCGGUAUCUUUUAUUUGACGUUUUUUUAAAUGACAUAUCAUUCUCUUGUAUUAUUUAUUGCUCAUUGGUGUGUGCUGAAAACUUGGAUGUGAUUGUGUAUCCUAAAUUCUUUUUUUUUGCAAUCUGGGUUAUUAAAAUAAUCUAGCUAUGUCUCUCUGGAUGCUUGUUCCUAGUUGUCCUUGGCUACUGUUGAACCAGCACAGUAUCCAGGAAAUGAAAUUAAUGUUUGGACUUAUAUCAUCCCUUAGUGUCCUUCGGAAGUAGACAAUCAAACCUUUUGAAGAUUUCUUCUGUUGGAUCUUGAAAACACAAUAUGGUUAUGAUGUCUAAGAAUUUUUCUAGAGUAAUCUACGGAUCCUGAUGUAGGAAUUAUGUGUGUUCUGUAGCAUAUAUUAAAAUCCCUUGGUGUCCUUCAGAAGUAGACAACUGAACCUGUUGUAGAUUUCCUCCGUGGGAUCUUGGAAACACCAGUGGUUAUGAUUUCUGAAUUUUUUUUCUAAAGUGAGCUAGAGAUGCUGAUGUAGUAAUGAUGUAGUAAUGAAGUAUGUUCUCUAGCAUCUAUUAAACUCACUGUUAAACAGUUAUGCAGAUUCUUACCAUUGUUUUUAUAGAAUAUGUAUUCUAAUCCUAUCUGUAUGCUUGUAUUGGCUACGGUUAUGUGCAUUUUUGACCUAGCUUUGUCUUUAGUGAUGAAAAUAAGCCUGUGUCUGUAACAUUCAGAAGUUUGGUUUUGGAUGUGUAACUAUUGAAAUUACACGUGUUGUGCUACGGCUUUUUUAUUUUGGAUUCCUGUAUCUGGUUGUAUUUUCCUCUGAUCAUGUUGCUUCUAGUAAGCUCAGGCAACAUUCAGUGAUCCAUUUGAUUGUAUUCUUUUCCUCUCUUUGCUGGGGUGAGGCCAGGGCCCUGGGAAGGGAGAGAGAGGAGGGGGGGAGGCUAGAAGGAUGGUUUUUCUUCACCAGUUAUCACACUUCUAGACAAUUCACUUCGGAGAAAGACUGGAAUUUGAGUACUUGGCUCUCGGUUUGCCAACUUUUGGUAUCACGUGCAAACUUUAGGAUUGUAUAGAUUAGUUUGUUGGGAAUUUCUUAGUAGAAUGACUUCUCGCAAGAACUGGUGUUUUUGAAAGUUUCCAUCUCAUUUCAAUUUUUCAGAAGAGGGGUCUGUACUCAAUCUUUUUCUUUGUGCUUGGUAUCAUUUUGUUCUGCCUGGUUACUUUUUAUACAGCACGGCAAAAUGUUUGAGAUGGUGCAACUUGUACUUACACCAGAUUGCCCUCCCCAGAAAGAAGUUGUUCUAAUAGUUUGAUUUUGGUCCCAGGGUGCAACAAUAGUUGAUAUGUCUGUCACUAUUACUCCAGAACCAGAUUACCAGCUUCCGGCUGCUGCUUUUGCCCCACCCACGGUGGAAAGCAAAAACGCUGGUGGUGCAGAAUCGGCUUUCAGGAAAGCCGAGGAUGUUGUUACUGGCAUGCUGGCAAAAGGUUUUGUCCUAGGGAAAGAUGCUCUCAACAAAGCCAAAGCAUUGGAUGAAAAGCACCAGUUGACUUCAACGGCAACUGCCAAAGUUUCUUCUUUGGAUAAGAAAAUUGGGCUGACUGAGAAGAUAAGUAUUGGUACAUCCAUUGUGAAUGACAAAGUCCGUGAGGUGGAUCAGAAACUCCAGGUUUCGGAGAAGGCAAAAUCCGCUUUUGCCGCUGCUGAGCAAACAGUUAGUAAUGCUGGUUCCGCCAUUAUGAAGAAUCGGUAUGUCUUCUCAGGGGUUUCUUGGGCCACUGGUGCGCUGAAUAAAGUUGCUAAGGCUGCAGGGGAAGUAGGCCAAAAGACUAAAGAAAAAGUAGGAAUGGCUGAAGAUGAACAGCGAAGGAAGAUGGUGGACGACUAUGCUCAAGUUCACUUAUCUGAGUCACCCAAAGCCUCUGAGUCAAGUGAGCACAAGCCUUCUAAGCCAGCACCAGCUGAAGGUCUUAUCCUGUGACUUUCUGUUAUGUGGAUGCAUAUGUAAAAUUUUGGUGUUACAGUUCUGAUUUGGCUAAGUGAUAUAAUGUGGGAAAAUUUAGAAUGUGUACAUUAGCUAUUCCGAUUUGAAACACACAAUUACAGUGAUCACCUUAGAUUUGGUCCCAAAGGUUGUGGCUUGAACUCUGUCGGUUAAAAUAUGUUCUACUAUCAGGUUGAUCCAAGUCAUUUUGGCACUAUGUCGAAAUGAUUAAGGAGCUAGUUCUUGCUUAUUUGCUGUUUUUUUUUUUUUUUUUUUGCCUCCUUCCUCAGUUUUCUUUCCCGCGUUUUUGGCUCUGGCUGUCUCGUCUUGAGGUCUCACAACUUUAUAAUUUGAGCGAUUGUUUUGUUACAUUAGCACCAUUUUUGUCCAGAAGUUCUGAUAAACUACCAAAGGUUCAAUUUUAGACUCCUCCCAGAAACCUGUCAAACAAUGUUGGUAGAAACGCUAGGGUUCAGUAACCGGCUGGAUUUAUGAAGUGUUAGGAGGAAGAACUUGAUACAUGUUACAGAGGCAUCUUAAGACGCUACUACUAAAGGAAGAGACUACCAUAUUUGCCAAACUUUUACAUCAUUGAUUUGUUCAUUUUGGGUCAAUGUUCUGGAUACAUACCGUAGGCUACCUAACUGAUGAGCUUUGAUAAUACUCCCUCUGUUUCAAAAUUAUUGUCCAAUUUGAGAUUUCACUUCUAGUACAAUUUGAACUAGAAAUGAAAUCUCAAACUGGACAAUAAUUAUGUAACGGAGGGAGUAAUAUUGUUUGCUAUCCGAAUGCUUGUAGUGACGUGUUACUACUAUUAGAAGAACCCUGUAGGGUAGCUUCUUGAUUAAGUUGUCUCUCCUCGGACCUCAGUCAUUAACUUUUGGAAGCAAUCAAGUAUGAUUGAUUCAUUCAUUUGUUUGUCAAAUAAUUCCAUCACUUAUCUUCUUCAGUGUUGAAUUUUCUGUAUUAUCCUACCUCAGCCAGAAGGAAG